GAACCAGCGUCAUCGGCCGACUAACGCGCUUUCGGUCGGAGAAAGUUAUUCGAAUAUGGCUCACGGGUCCCGCGCUCGUCGCCAUGUCUCCGACCCAGCAUGCGCCAGAGCUGACUCUGCUAACCAGGCACCCGUGCUGCUCUCUCUUCAUAAGCACGCCAUCAUACCGUGAAAGACCUAGUCGACCCCCAUAGCCCUUUCCCCUCCAGAAUCUUUCGCGCAAAAUUUCCCCGCAGCAACAAUGGACGACCAAACCAAGCCUACCGCCAUUCCCGCGCACGUCAAUGGGAGCUCGCAACCGCACAACAGCUCGCCUCUGCGGCAGUCGGUCAAGUCGCGCGAUCAGAAAGAGCGCGAGAGCCUCCACCACGCCAUCCAACUGUCAGAGCGCGGCCGCCAGAUAGUGAACUUCGACGGCCCUAGCGGCUACUUCCCGGAUGGCGUCAAAAGCGCCAUUGCCGACGCCGACCGCGCCAGUGCGCACGGCAAACACAUCACAGAGAACGGUGAAGCAGACACAGAACGCCGCUACGAGGCGCCGACACCAUUGGCGACCAGCCGCGCCGCCAGCCCCUACACACAGCACCCCACAAUCGACUUCGAUGGGCUUAGUUGGCCCAGCAAAGGCACACGGAGCAGGAAGGAGGCCACCGAGGAGGAGAAGGCAGAAAACCUCAAGAAGCUGUCUGGUGCCGUGAGGACGAUGCUGGAGUGUCUCGGCGAGGAUCCCGACCGCGAGGGUCUGCUCGACACACCAGAGCGCUAUGCGAAGGCCAUGCUGUACUUCACCAAGGGCUACGAGGAGAACCUGCGCGACAUUGUCAACAAUGCCGUCUUCCACGAGGACCACGACGAGCUGGUCAUUGUGAAGGACAUUGAGAUCUUCUCGCUGUGCGAACACCACCUCGUCCCCUUCACCGGAAAGAUGCACAUCGGGUACAUCCCCAACCGCCGCGUAAUCGGUCUUUCGAAGCUCGCCCGCAUCGCCGAGAUGUUCGCGCGCCGCCUGCAAGUCCAAGAGCGCCUGACCAAGCAAGUCGCGCUCGCGCUCUCCGAGAUGCUGCAGCCCCAAGGCGUCGCCGUCGUCGUCGAAUCUAGCCACUUCUGCAUGGUCAUGCGCGGCGUGCAGAAGACCGGCGCCACUACAACCACCAGCUGCAUGCUGGGCGCCAUGCGCUCGGCGGCCAAGACCCGCGAGGAGUUCCUCAGCCUCAUCAAUAGGAAGUAGGGGUCCUUCCCUCCACGGUCGCUACUGCGGCGCUUGAUAUGUGUAUGAGAUGUACCACGAUUGGCAUGGGACGGCGUUCAGGCGCGGAGUUCAUCACUCUGCAGGAAGUUGUUUGGGGAAAAGGGGCGGUCGCGUAUUGCGUUGCGUUGCGUUGCGUUGCUGGAGUUGGUUGCAUGUGGCCUUUCAACAGCGCCGGGCCUUCAACAGGCGCUACACCCAUUACUGUUUAUAUUUCGCGUGGUCAAGACAUUGUCCUCACCGACACUACAUACCAAUAGUAUUGCUCAACAGCAACGUUGAAU